AUGACUUUGCAGCCAAUAAAGUCAACAAAAUCCGGUAACCCCGAAUUUGACGAAGCUUCCCAAAAAGAACUUGCCAAAUUUCUCGAAGGAGAGAAUGCUAAAAUGCGUCUUCAACAAUCGAUCCACACUUUUACUGAUCUCUGUUGGGAUAAAUGUAUCACCAAGAUUGGUAAUAAGAUUGAUCGUGGAGAAGAGACUUGCCUGGUGAAUUGCGUUGAAAGGUUCUUGGAUACUAGCCUAUUCAUAGUUAAAAGAUUAGAAGAAACUCGAAAUCAGUGA